GUGUUCAGUUCCGGCCCCGCCCCCGGGGACAAAGGCCUUCCAGGUCACCUGGGAAUCUGGGUCCAGAGGAAGAGAUCUGGCCUGAAACAGAGGAGGUGGGGCCCAGAACCGAGUCUGAGGGUCUUGGAGGCAGAGAGGAUGGCCUCCUCGAGCCCGGAUACCCCUUGUUCCUGCGACUGCUUUGUCUCUGUGCCCCCGGCUUCAGCCAUCCCGGCUGUGAUCUUUGCAAAGAACUCGGACCGCCCCCGAGAUGAGGUGCAGGAGGUGGUGUUUAUUCCAGCAGGCACUCACACCCCUGGGAGCCGGCUCCAGUGCACCUACAUCGAGGUGGAACAGGUGUGGAAGACACAUGCUGUGAUUCUGAGCCGCCCUUCCUGGCUGUGGGGGGCUGAGAUGGGAGCCAAUGAACAUGGUGUCUGCAUUGGCAAUGAAGCAGUGUGGACCAAAGAGCCUGUUGGCGAGGGGGAAGCCCUCCUGGGUAUGGAUCUACUCAGGCUGGCUCUGGAACGGAGCGGCACUGCCCAGGAGGCUGUGCACGUGAUCGCAGGCUUGCUGGAACGCUACGGGCAGGGGGGCAGCUGCCGGGAGGAUCCUGUGCCGUUCUGCUAUCACAACACCUUCCUACUGGCUGACCGCACAGAGGCCUGGGUGCUGGAGACAGCUGGGAGGCUGUGGGCUGCUCAGCGGAUCCAGGGGGGUGCCCGGAACAUUUCUAACCAGCUGAGUAUCGGCGCCGACAUCUCAGCGGAGCACCCCGAGCUCCGAAGCCACGCCAAGGCCCAGGGGUGGUGGACCGGACAGGGCCCCUUUAACUUUGCAGAGGUCUUCUCCUUGGCCCAGCAGCCUGUGCGGAUGGAAGCUGCCAAGGCCCGCUUCCGGGCUGGGUGUGAGCUGCUGCAGCAACAGCAAGGAAGUAUCACGGCAGAGGGGAUGAUGGGCAUCCUCAGGAACAGGGAGAGCGGCAUCUGCAUGGACUCCGGGGGCUUCCGCACCACGGCCAGCAUGGUGUCGGUCCUGCCCCAGGACCCCACAAAGCCCUGUGUCCACUUCCUCACUGCUACGCCAGACCCGUCCAGGUCGGUAUUCAAGCCCUUCAUCUUUGAAGUCGGGGUGGCCCAGGCCCCCCAGGUGCUGUCUCCCACUUUUGGAGCCCAGGACCCUGUUCGGAUCCUCCCCCGAUUCCAGACUCGGGUGGAUCGUCGACACUUACUCUAUCGUGGACACCAGGCAGCCCUGGAGCUGAUGGAGGAUAAGCAGGAUCAGAGGAAACAGAUCCGGCAGAAGCAGCAGAGCCUGGAGCAGGAAGGCCUGGAGGUUCUCCGAGGACUCCUUACUGGUGACCAGACCCUCCCUCCCCAGGGGCUGGGCAGCCUCUUCCAGGCCUUUGUGGAGAAGGAGCACCAGGCCUACGCUUAAGCAUGUAGCACCUCUAUGCCCACUGGGUGCAGGAGCUCUGGGCGGCUGCCGUGAGCUGUGGUGGUCGUGGUGGUGGUGGAUACAGGCAUCCCUUCACUCUGCUCAUCCAGGGCCUGGAUGGCUGGUACAGCCUUUGGCUUAAUAAAUGUUUUAUUUCCUUA